UCACCGUCACCACCGCCGCCGACGAUCACUGCUACCGUAGGGGCCGGACCGUCGUCGUCGGCCGACGAUCGGACAACGCGUCGCCACCACGCCGUAACGGUUACGUUAGUUGUCGAAAAAAAUCAUAUCGUUGUAAUACACUACGUACGAUCGACGCGCGCCAGACCAGUACCGCUCGCCACUCGGCGUACUUGACAGCGCGACCACGUCUGGAAGCGUGCUUGGUACGUACGUCGCCUUUAGUGCUUUUUAUAAUAAUACCCAUACUUUGAGCGCGCGAGUGCGUGUAAUUUAAAUAUAAUAUUAUUAUAAUUAAACGCACCACUGCAAUUAAUUACAGUAUUUUGUAUAACGUAUGGUAUUAUAAUCACACGUCGUCGAUUUCGUUGUUAUUAUCAUCAUCAGCUCUCUGCCGAGCUCAGCGAGACACCUACUGAGCCACUGCAAUAUACCUCUUCGGCUACUGACACUCGACAGACGUCGUAUAAUUUUUCUAUCCGGAUCCUCCGCAGUUCAUAGUUCUCAUGGCUGAGAAUCCCGAGUACUGGGUGUUUGGAUAUGGAUCGCUGUGCUGGAACCCGGGUUUCGAAUUCAAGGAUUCUAUGGUCGGUUACGUGGAGGGUUUCUCCAGGAAGUUCUGGCAAGGCAACAUUGCACACAGAGGGACCAAGGAAAAGGGUUUCGUAUGGGGCAAGGCAUUUCUGUUGCCGGACGAGACGGCGUUCAGGUACUUGGAGAUGCGGGAAGUGUACUUGGGUGGUUAUCAGGUACACAAGGUGGACGUGCGGUCUGACGGCGCGGACGAUUGCCGGCGGACCGUGAACGCGACAGUAUACGUGGCCACGCCAGACAACGGCCAGUGGCUUGGCGAAGCGCCCGUCGACGAGUUGGCCACCCAGGUGGCCACGUGCUCGGGACCGGCCGGCCACAACGCCGAGUACGUAAUACUGUUGGCGCGAUGGGAGCGUCAGCACGCGCCCGCGCACCGCGUCGACCUGGAACUCAACAAGCUCGAACUGCUCGUGCUGGAACGGUUGCAGACCAUCGGCGUGCGGCCCGACGAUGUUCUCACCACCAACAACAUGCCGUCGUUCUCGUCCAUGGUGCCCGAAAAGAAGUUGAGGUGUUUGAACAUCUGACCGGAAUUAUAUAUAUAUAUAUAUAUAUAAUAACACUCAAAUAAGUGCACGCUAUUUCGUUACCGUCGUAAGUCCGUUAACCAAAUAAAAUAUUUUAUACUAAGUAUAAUAUAAUUAAUUAUCGACGUGAGUGCUAUAACAUUAAAACCAAAAAUACCCGAAAAUGGAAUAAUUACCUAACUAUAUUUUGAUGUUGAACGCCGUCAUCUCCGGAUGACAUUUACACGGCUUAAUAUCUCGACAAAAAAACCAUAGGGCGUGAUGAUAUUUCGACUUUCCAGCGUUAUCGUUUGCGUGACGCGAAUACAGUAAUAUUAUUAUGUUUUAAUAAUAAUUCUACUUGACGUAUAUAUUAUAUUAUACAAGCAAAUAACAAGUACUAACGGAGAUGAGUACCUACCUAUAUAUUUAACACCAUUGACGUUGAAAUUGACACGUAUACAAUUUACAUUAUUAUACUCUAACUCUGCAUGUGAUAUAUCAUUUAUUUGCGAUUAUAUUAUUAUAAAUACGUGUAUGAUACUAACGAAACAAAUACAAUUUAUUAACUACGACAGGGUGAUACAUAUAAUACAUUUAUAAAUUAUUUUAAAUCGUUAAUGUUUAAUAAUUAUUAAUAUUUAUUACUAUUACUAUUAUUAUUACUAUUAUUAUUAUUAUCGUGAUUACUGUUAUCGUUUUACGAAUUAUUACGAUGGAUUAAAUUUCGCACGAAUUGCAAGUAUCAGUGCUUAAAAUAUUUUUUUUAUUUAUACAUAAUAUGAUAAUAAACGUGAUCGGUGUAUUGUUAUUAUUUCUAUAAAAUUGUCAAAGACGUUCACGUCAUGAUGUACCUACCUAUACAUAAUAUAUGUUUAUAAUAUUGUAUAGAUUAAAGUGUAUGUGAUGUUAUUUUUUAUAUUGACAUGUUUAAAUGUCGCUCAAACGAAAAACGAAUAAUAUAGGUAUAUUAUUAUAUGUAGAGAUUAUGAUAGAAUUGAUAGAUAUAUCUAUGCUGUGUAUUGGGUAUUUGAUUUCGCGUUUGUAUAUAAAAAAAAUAGUCCUUAAUUGUGGCUAUAGUAUACAGGAGCUCAUCACUGUUCAAGUAUUUUCAGUCCCAUUAAGUUGUACGCAUAAUAUAAUAAAUAUUGUAUAAUAUACUAAUAUCAUUAAAUAUACACUAGUAGGUAUAAUAUUAUAUAUAUCUUUUAUAUCUUAUUUAUAGUAUACCGCGAAGGUAUUUUUAUUUUGUAUUAUUAUUUAUUAAUGCAGAAAUUGUUUUAUAUUUAUGUUUAUAAUAUAUACUUGUAUAAUUUAAUGUAAAUAAAUAAAUGCGUAGUUUUUUAUA